CAACAUGGGGACUACAGGACUCCAAUGCGCAUUGGGGCUCAUAUACCUAAUGCUGCUGGUCGGCUCCCUCACUCAGACUGUUAACAUCAUUGCUCCUACAGACAAGAUAAGCAUGAAUUCAGCUAAUGCAUCUCACAUCGACCGAGUCUGCACGACAUGGGGACACUAUCACUUCAAGACCUUCGAUGGGCGUUUCUUCCAAUUGGCCUCCACCUGUAACCAUGUCCUGGCCUAUCAGUGCCAGGACGACUUUGAAAAUUUCAACAUCCAGUUGAGGCGCAAGAUAGACGGCACAUCAGUCACCAUCAGCAACAUCGUCCUGAAGCUGGAGGGCACAGUGGUGGAGCUCUCUAAUAAUGCAGUGAUUGUCAAUGGCAAGAUAGUGUCUCUGCCGUUCGUCACGUUCGGGGUGACUGUGAAGGGAACCGCAUCUAGUAUCACUGUCGAAGCCAGGCUGGGAAUCAUGGCCAUCUGGAACUUGGAUGACUCCCUGGAUAUCGAGAUUGACGACAAAUACAAGAACCAGGUCUGUGGACUCUGUGGAAACUUUGACGGCUUAUCCAAUGAUGGUGAGAAUGACGGAUCUGAUGAGUCUGAGGAAGACUCUGCUGAAAACUUCCAGGUGGAUGAUCCAUCAGAGCCGUGUGAGGAGCCUGAGCUGAGUGCCGUGGAGAGCUGUGGAGAUAAGGAUUAUUGUGACCAGAUAUUCACCACUGCUCCGUUCAGCGACUGCAAGGACCGGCUGGAUGUGGAAUCCUUCAGUAAAGCCUGCAUGGCUGACUUGUGCAAUUCUGCAAAUGACAGCGCCUCCAUCCUCUGCCAAACCAUCUCAGAGUACUCCAGAGAGUGUAUCCACGCUGGUGGCAAACCCCAGCAAUGGAGGAAUGAAAGUUUUUGCUACAAGGAGUGUCCGUAUAAAAUGACCUUCUUGGAGUGUAGCAGUGCAUGUCCCGACACCUGCUCCACCCCUCAGGCCAGCCAGACAUGUGACAGCCACUGCCAUGAUGGUUGCAGCUGCCCUGCCGGAAAGGUGUUUGAUGACAUCAGUGACUCUGGCUGUAUUGUACAGUCUGAAUGUGCAUGCCUGUACAACAACAAAGUGUACCAGUCAGGAGAGUCGUACAAUCACAGCUGCAGAUCCUGUGAGUGUCAGGGUGGUAAGUGGAACUGCAUUGAAGAGAACUGCCCAGGAACCUGCUCAGUGGAGGGAGGAGCUCACAUCAACACCUUUGAUGGAAAAGUCUACACCUUCCAUGGGGAUUGCUCCUACAUUCUGGUUAAGCAAGCUGAUGGUUCCCUAUUCACUAUGCUGGUGGACUUGCUCAAGUGUGGUAUAUCUGACAAACAUACCUGCCUCAAGGCUGUGACACUGUCCUUAUACAACAACUCUCUGGUUGUUAAAAUCCAGGAGUCCGGGCAGGUCUUUAUAAACAACAUCCCUUCUCAGCUUCCACUUUUCACACCGGAUCUGGGUGUCUUCACGCCAUCAUCCUUCUACAUGGUUAUAAGCACUAAAGUGGGCUUUCAAAUAAUGGUCCAGCUGGUGCCUCUGAUGCAGGUCUUCAUUACAGCUAAUCCUUCCCUCAAAGGAACAACCUCUGGAUUGUGUGGGAACUUCAACGACAAGGUGACUGAUGACUUCAAGGUGAUGAGUGGGCUGGUGGAGGGCACCGCUGCGAGCUUUGCCAACACGUGGAAAACCAGAGCCAACUGCAAAGACAUAAUAACAGAUUAUGGACACCCUUGUAGCAAUGGCAUCAAAACGGAGGGUUACGCCCAGUACAGUUGCUCCAAACUGACGGAUCCCGAGGGAGUGUUUGCUCCUUGCCAUUCUGCCAUUAGCCCCACCUCGUACAAAGAUAACUGCAUGUAUGACAGCUGUAACUGUGACAAAAGUGAGGUCUGCAUGUGUGCUGCAAUCUCCUCAUACGUCUAUGCCUGUUCAGCGGCAGGAAUCCACCUGACUGGCUGGAGGUCGACCAUCUGUGGCAAAUUCAGUGAAUCUUGUCCAGAAGAAACAGCGUAUGCCUAUAAUAUGACCAGCUGCAUGCGUACGUGCCGCUCCCUGAGCCAGACUGAUUACUCCUGCCAGUACGGCUUCCCCAGAGUGGACGGCUGUGGCUGUAAUGAGGGAACCUAUUUGAAUGAGGAGAAGAAGUGUGUGGCCAGCUCAAGCUGUCCCUGUUAUGAUAAAGAUUCCAUUAUUCCUGCUAAACAGACUUUCACCAAAGACGAACAAACAUGCUUCUGCAAACAAGGAAUUCUCAGCUGCCCAGGAGGACCACCUCUAUCCGUAUGUACUUCCCCUAUGGUAUAUUUGAACUGCUCCGAGGCUCAACCCGGGACUACUGGCAUUGAGUGUCAAAAGAGCUGCAGCACUCUGGACAUGGCUUGUAUCAGUACAGGCUGUCUGUCAGGCUGCAUCUGCCCUGAUGGCCAGGUAUCAGAUGGAUUAGGUGGCUGUAUCAAUGAGACCAAAUGUCCAUGUGUGCACAACGGAAAGAUCUACCAAUCUGGAGACACACUGACAGUCGACUGCAACACCUGCUAUUGCAAAGAAAGGAAGUUCAAAUGUACCGAAAAAUUGUGUGAUUCUGUAUGUGGGAUCUAUGGAGAUGGCCACUACGUCACAUUUGAUGAUAAGAGGUUCGACUUCAGUGGACAGUGUGGAUACACACUCCUCCAGGACUUCUGUGGUACUGGUCAGAGCAACGGAAGCUUCAGAAUCAUCACUGAGAAUGUUCCAUGUGGAUCCACAGGAAUUACCUGUUCCAAGACCAUCAAGAUCUUCCUGGGGGACAAUGAAUUCCAACUUAAAGAUGACAACUUCCAUGUGAUAAAGGGCAGCAGCAAAGUGUUCCCUGCACAGAUACACAAGAUGGGUAUUUACCUAGUGGUAACGAUCAAGGCAGGACUCGUGCUCAUGUGGGACCAGAAGACCAGUCUUUUCAUUAAACUCAGCCCAGAUUUCAAGGGUCAAGUCUGCGGUUUGUGUGGAAACUAUGAUGGCAACAGCAUGAACGACUUCACCACACGCUCUCAGGGGACCGUGGCCGAUGUUCUCGAAUUUGGUAACAGUUGGAGGGUUUCCUCCAGCUGCCCCAGCGCCGAACUAAUCGGUGAUCCCUGUUCCUCAAACGGCUACCGGGCAAGCUGGUCACAGAAAAAAUGUAGCGUCAUCACCAGUGUCACCUUCCAGAACUGCCAUUCACAGGUUGACCCUGGACCAUACUUUGAUUCUUGUGUGAGAGACUCUUGUGCUUGUGACUCCGGUGGGGACUGUGAAUGUCUCUGCACAGCUGUGGCGGCCUAUGCCAAAGCUUGUAAUGAAGCUGGAGCGUGUGUUAAAUGGAGAUCUCCAAAAAUGUGCCCUAUUUUCUGUGACUACUAUAAUGCUCCCGAUGGUUGUGAGUGGCACUACAGGCCUUGUGGAGCUGCCUGCAUGAAGACAUGCCGAAAUCCAUCAGGAAACUGUUCCAACCUCAUCACUGCCCUGGAAGGCUGCUAUCCACAUUGUCCUCCAAACCAGCCAUACUUUGAUGAAGACACCAUGAAGUGUGUUGAAUGGAGCCAGUGUGGAUGCUAUGAUAGUAGAGGUACCCAUUACAGCGUUGGAGAUAAGGUUCCAUCAAAGAACUGUUACACUUGCUCCUGUGAGGUUUCCGGAAUAUCCUGCAGCUACAACAUGAGCUCAUGUACAUGCUUCAUGAAUGGAAAAUACUACAGAUAUGGGGAAACCAUCUACAGCACGACAGAUGGGCUAGGAAACUGCAUUACAGCUGAGUGUGGGGCCAAAGGGAAAGUAAAUAGGAAAGUCUACCCUUGCUUAACGACCACAACCCCUGGCCCUACAUCAACUCCCUUUACGUUCAGCACAACUCCAACAACAACGAAAGGAACUACAACCACAGCUGCAGAAACAACUGCUUCAAGUGGAACAACAGUAACAGCUGAGACAACCAAAACCCCUAAAUCCACCACCGGUCCAACAACACUUUCUACCACAAGUAUUGUUGAGACUACAACCACAGUGCCUGUUGUCAAAACCACAAGCCCAGGAACAACAGUUGUAACAUCAAAACCAACCAGCCCAAAAACAACGGUGGUAACAUCAAAACCAACUGUUAGUACCACUACCACUACAGCAUCUCCAACAACAACGGAAGGAACUACAACAACAGCUACGACCAAAACCCCUAAAUCCACCACCGUUCCAACGACACUUUCUACCACAAGUAUUGUUGAGACUACAACCACAGUGCCUGUUGUCAAAACAACAAGCCCAGAAACAACAGUUGUAACAUCAAAACCAACUGUAAGUACCACUACGACCAAAACCCCUAAAUCCACCACCGGUCCAACAACGCUUUCUACCACAAGUAUUGUUGAGACUACAACCACAGUGCCUGUUGUCGAAACAACAAGCUCAGAAACAACAGUUGUAACAUCAAAACCAACCAGCCCGGAAACAACAGUUGUAACAUCAAAACCAACUGUAAGUACCACUACCACUACAGCAGCUCCAACAACAACGGAAGGAACUACAACCACAGCUGCAGAAACAACUGCUUCAAGUGGUACAACAGUAACAGCUGAGACGACCAAAACCCCUAAAUCAACCACAGGUCCAACGACAAUUUCUACCACAAGUAUUGUUGAGACUUCAACCACAGUGCCUGUUGUCAAAACAACAAGCCCAGAAACAACAGUUGUAACAUCAAAACCAACUGUAAGUACCACUACCACUACAGCAACUCCAACAACAACGAAAGGAACUACAACCACAGCUGCAGAAACAACUGCUUCAAGUGGAACAACAGUAACAGCUGAGACGUCCAAAACUCCUAAAUCCACCACCGGUCCAACAACGCUUUCUACCACAAGUAUUGUUGAGACUACAACCACAGUGCCUGUUGUCAAAACCACAAGCCCAGGAACAACAGUUGUAACAUCAAAACCAACCAGCCCAGAAACAACAGUUGUAACAUCAAAACCAACUGUAAGUACCACUACCACUACAGCAGCCUCAACAACAACGGAAGGAACUACAACCACAGCUGCAGAAACAACUGCUUCAAGUGGAACAACAGUAACAGCUGAGACGACCAAAACCCCUAAAUCCACCACCGGUCCAACGACACUUUCUACCACAAGUAUUGUUGAGACUACAACCACAGUGCCUGUUGUCAAAUCAACAACCCCAGAAACAACAGUUGUAACAUCAAAACCAACCAGCCCUGAAACAACAAUCGUAACAUCAAAACCAACUGUAAGUACCACUACCACUACAACAACUCCAACAACAACGAAAGGAACUACAACCACAGCUGCAGAAACAACUGCUUCAAAUGGAACAACAGUAACAGCUGAGACGACCAAAACCCCCAAAUCAACCACUGGUCCAACGACACUUUCUACCACAAGUAUUGUUGAGACUUCAACCACAGUGCCUGUUGUCAAAACAACCAGCCCAGAAACAACAGUUGUAACAUCAAAACCAACAAGCCCAGAAACAACAGUUGUAACAUCAAAACCAACUGUAAGUACCACUACCACUACAGCAGCUCCAACAACAACAGAAGGAACUACAACCACAGCUGCAGAAACAACUGCUUCAAGUGGUACAACAGUAACAGCUGAGACGACCAAAACCCCUAAAUCAACCACAGGUCCAACGACAAUUUCUACCACAAGUAUUGUUGAGACUUCAACCACAGUGCCUGUUGUCAAAACAACAAGCCCAGAAACAACAGUUGUAACAUCAAAACCAACAAGCCCAGAAACAACAGUCGUAACAUCAAAACCAACUGUAAGUACCACUACCACUACAGCAGCUCCAACAACAACGAAAGGAACUACAACCACAGCUGCAGAAACAACUGCUUCAAGUGGAACAACAGUAACAGCUGAGACGUCCAAAACUCCUAAAUCCACCACCGGUCCAACAACGCUUUCUACCACAAGUAUUGUUGAGACUACAACCACAGUGCCUGCUACCACAAGUAUUGUUGAGACUACAACCACAGUGCCUGUUGUCAAAACCACAAGCCCAGGAACAACAGUUGUAACAUCAAAACCAACCAGCCCAGAAACAACGGUCGUAACAUCAAAACCAACUGUUAGUACCACUACCACUACAGCAGCCUCAACAACAACGGAAGGAACUACAACCACAGCUGCAGAAACAACUGCUUCAAGUGGAACAACAGUAACAGCUGAGACGUCCAAAACUCCUAAAUCCACCACCGGUCCAACAACGCUUUCUACCACAAGUAUUGUUGAGACUACAACCACAGUGCCUGUUGUAGAAACAAAAAGCCCAGAAACAACAGUUUUAACAUCAAAACCAACCAGCCCGGAAACAACAGUUGUAACAUCAAAACCAACUGUAAGUACCACUACCACUACAGCAUCUCCAACAACAACGAAAGGAACUACAACCACAGCUGCAGAAACAACUGCUUCAAAUGGAACAACAGUAACAGCUGAGACGACCAAAACCCCCAAAUCAACCACUGGUCCAACGACACUUUCUACCACAAGUAUUGUUGAGACUUCAACCACAGUGCCUGUUGUCAAAACAACCAGCCCAGAAACAACAGUUGUAACAUCAAAACCAACAAGCCCAGAAACAACAGUUGUAACAUCAAAACCAACUGUAAGUACCACUACCACUACAGCAGCUCCAACAACAACAGAAGGAACUACAACCACAGCUGCAGAAACAACUGUUUCAAGUGGUACAACAAUAACAGCUGAGACGACCAAAACCCCUAAAUCAACCACAGGUCCAACGACAAUUUCUACCACAAGUAUUGUUGAGACUUCAACCACAGUGCCUGUUGUCAAAACAACAAGCCCAGAAACAACAGUUGUAACAUCAAAACCAACCAGCCCAGAAACAACAGUCGUAACAUCAAAACCAACUGUAAGUACCACUACCACUACAGCAGCUCCAACAACAACGAAAGGAACUACAACCACAGCUGCAGAAACAACUGCUUCAAGUGGAACAACAGUAACAGCUGAGACGUCCAAAACUCCUAAAUCCACCACCGGUCCAACAACGCUUUCUACCACAAGUAUUGUUGAGACUACAACCACAGUGCCUGUUGUCAAAACCACAAGCCCAGGAACAACAGUUGUAACAUCAAAACCAACCAGCCCAGAAACAACGGUCGUAACAUCAAAACCAACUGUUAGUACCACUACCACUACAACAUCUCCAACAACAACGGAAGGAACUACAACAACAGCUGCAGAAACAACUGCUUCAAGUGGAACAACAGUAACAGCUGAGACGUCCAAAACUCCUAAAUCCACCACCGGUCCAACAACGCUUUCUACCACAAGUAUUGUUGAGACUACAACCACAGUGCCUGUUGUCGAAACAACAAGCCCAGAAACAACAGUUGUAACAUCAAAACCAACCAGCCCGGAAACAACAAUCGUAACAUCAAAACCAACUGUAAGUACCACUACCACUACAGCAACUCCAACAACAACGAUAGGAACUACAACCACAGCUGCAGAAACAACUGCUUCAAGUGGAACAACAGUAACAGCUGAGACGACCAAAACCCCUAAAUCAACCACUGGUCCAACAACACUUUCUACCACAAGUAUUGUUGAGACUUCAACCACAGUGCCUGUUGUCAAAACAACAAGCCCAGGAACAACAGUUGUAACAUCAAAACCAACCAGCCCAGAAACAACGGUCGUAACAUCAAAACCAACUGUUAGUACCACUACAUCAGCUCCAACAACAAUGAAAGGAACUACAACCACAGCUGCAGAAACAACUGCUUCAAGUGGAACAACAGUAACAGCUGAGACGACCAAAACCCCUAAAUCCACCACCGGUCCAACAACGCUUUCUACCACAAGUAUUGUUGAGACUACAACCACAGUGCCUGUUGUCGAAACAACAAGCCCAGAAACAACAGUUGUAACAUCAAAACCAACUGUAAGUACCACUACCACUACAGCAACUCCAACAACAACGAAAGGAACUACAACCACAGCUGCAGAAACAACUGCUUCAAGUGGAACAACAGUUACAGCUGAGACGACCAAAACCCCUAAAUCAACCACUGGUCCAACGACACUUUCUACCACAAGUAUUGUUGAGACUUCAACCACAGUGCCUGUUGUCAAAACAACAAGCCCAGAAACAACAGUUGUAACAUCAAAACCAACAAGCCCAGAAACAACAGUCGUAACAUCAAAACCAACUGUUAGUACCACUACCACUACAGCAUCUCCAACAACAACAGAAGGAACUACAACCACAGCUGCAGAAACAACUACUUCAAGUGGAACAACAGUAACAGCUGAGACGACCAAAACCCCUAAAUCCACCACCGGUCCAACGACACUUUCUACCACAAGUAUUGUUGAGACUUCAACCACAGUGCCUGUUGUCAAAACAACAAGCCCAGAAACAACAGUUGUAACAUCAAAACCAACAAGCACAGAAACAACAGUUGUAACAUCAAAACCAACUGUAAGUACCACUACCACUACAGCAGCCUCAACAACAACGGAAGGAACUACAACCACAGCUGCAGAAACAACUGCUUCAAGUGGAACAACAGUAACAGCUGAGACGACCAAAACCCCCAAAUCAACCACUGGUCCAACGACACUUUCUACCACAAGUAUUGUUGAGACUUCAACCACAGUGCCUGUUGUCAAAACAACCAGCCCAGAAACAACAGUUGUAACAUCAAAACCAACAAGCCCAGAAACAACAGUUGUAACAUCAAAACCAACUGUAAGUACCACUACCACUACAGCAGCUCCAACAACAACAGAAGGAACUACAACCACAGCUGCAGAAACAACUGCUUCAAGUGGUACAACAGUAACAGCUGAGACGACCAAAACCCCUAAAUCAACCACAGGUCCAACAACGCUUUCUACCACAAGUAUUGUUGAGACUACAACCACAGUGCCUGUUGUCAAAACCACAAGCCCAGGAACAACAGUUGUAACAUCAAAACCAACAAGCCCAGAAACAACAGUCGUAACAUCAAAACCAACUGUAAGUACCACUACCACUACAGCAGCUCCAACAACAACGAAAGGAACUACAACCACAGCUGCAGAAACAACUGCUUCAAGUGGAACAACAGUAACAGCUGAGACGUCCAAAACUCCUAAAUCCACCACCGGUCCAACAACGCUUUCUACCACAAGUAUUGUUGAGACUACAACCACAGUGCCUGUUGUCAAAACCACAAGCCCAGGAACAACAGUUGUAACAUUAAAACCAACCAGCCCAGAAACAACAGUCGUAACAUCAAAACCAACUGUUAGUACCACUACCACUACAGCAUCUCCAACAACAACGGAAGGAACUACAACAACAGCUGCAGAAACAACUGCUUCAAGUGGAACAACAGUAACAGCUGAGACGUCCAAAACUCCUAAAUCCACCACCGGUCCAACAACGCUUUCUACCACAAGUAUUGUUGAGACUACAACCACAGUGCCUGUUGUCAAAACCACAAGCCCAGGAACAACAGUUGUAACAUUAAAACCAACCAGCCCAGAAACAACAGUCGUAACAUCAAAACCAACUGUUAGUACCACUACCACUACAGCAUCUCCAACAACAACGGAAGGAACUACAACAACAGCUGCAGAAACAACUGCUUCAAGUGGAACAACAGUAACAGCUGAGACGUCCAAAACUCCUAAAUCCACCACCGGUCCAACAACGCUUUCUACCACAAGUAUUGUUGAGACUACAACCACAGUGCCUGUUGUAGAAACAACAAGCCCAGAAACAACAGUUGUAACAUCAAAACCAACCAGCCCGGAAACAACAAUCGUAACAUCAAAACCAACUGUAAGUACCACUACCACUACAGCAACUCCAACAACAACGAAAGGAACUACAACCACAGCUGCAGAAACAACUGCUUCAAGUGGAACAACAGUUACAGCUGAGACGACCAAAACCCCUAAAUCAACCACUGGUCCAACGACACUUUCUACCACAAGUAUUGUUGAGACUUCAACCACAGUGCCUGUUGUCAAAACAACAAGCCCAGAAACAACAGUUGUAACAUCAAAACCAACAAGCCCAGAAACAACAGUCGUAACAUCAAAACCAACUGUUAGUACCACUACCACUACAGCAUCUCCAACAACAACAGAAGGAACUACAACCACAGCUGCAGAAACAACUACUUCAAGUGGAACAACAGUAACAGCUGAGACGACCAAAACCCCUAAAUCCACCACCGGUCCAACGACACUUUCUACCACAAGUAUUGUUGAGACUUCAACCACAGUGCCUGUUGUCAAAACAACAAGCCCAGAAACAACAGUUGUAACAUCAAAACCAACAAGCACAGAAGCAGAAACAACUGCUUCAAGUGGUACAACAGUAACAGCUGAGACGACCAAAACCCCUAAAUCAACCACAGGUCCAACAACGCUUUCUACCACAAGUAUUGUUGAGACUACAACCACAGUGCCUGUUGUCAAAACCACAAGCCCAGGAACAACAGUUGUAACAUCAAAACCAACAAGCCCAGAAACAACAGUCGUAACAUCAAAACCAACUGUAAGUACCACUACCACUACAGCAGCUCCAACAACAACGAAAGGAACUACAACCACAGCUGCAGAAACAACUGCUUCAAGUGGAACAACAGUAACAGCUGAGACGUCCAAAACUCCUAAAUCCACCACCGGUCCAACAACGCUUUCUACCACAAGUAUUGUUGAGACUACAACCACAGUGCCUGUUGUCAAAACCACAAGCCCAGGAACAACAGUUGUAACAUCAAAACCAACUGUAAGUACCACUACCACUACAGCAACUCCAACAACAACGAAAGGAACUACAACCACAGCUGCAGAAACAACUGCUUCAAGUGGAACAACAGUUACAGCUGAGACGACCAAAACCCCUAAAUCAACCACUGGUCCAACGACACUUUCUACCACAAGUAUUGUUGAGACUUCAACCACAGUGCCUGUUGUCAAAACAACAAGCCCAGAAACAACAGUUGUAACAUCAAAACCAACAAGCCCAGAAACAACAGUCGUAACAUCAAAACCAACUGUUAGUACCACUACCACUACAGCAUCUCCAACAACAACAGAAGGAACUACAACCACAGCUGCAGAAACAACUACUUCAAGUGGAACAACAGUAACAGCUGAGACGACCAAAACCCCUAAAUCCACCACCGGUCCAACGACACUUUCUACCACAAGUACCACUACCACUACAGCAGCCUCAACAACAACGGAAGGAACUACAACCACAGCUGCAGAAACAACUGCUUCAAGUGGAACAACAGUAACAGCUGAGACGACCAAAACCCCUAAAUCCACCACCGGUCCAACAACACUUUCUACCACAAGUAUUGUUGAGACUACAACCACAGUGCCUGUUGUCAACACAACAAGCCCAGAAACAACAGUUGUAACAUCAAAACCAACAAGCCCAGAAACAACAGUCGUAACAUCAAAACCAACUGUUAGUACCAGUACCACUACAGCAGCUCCAACAACAACGGAAGGAACUACAACAACAGCUGCAGAAACAACUGCUUCAAGUAGAACAACGGUUACAGCUGAGACAACAGAAGCACCUACAUCCACCACUCAUGAAGUGAUCACUUUACCGACAGAAACGACAACAGUAAUUACAAAACCUGUUGUUGUCAACACUACCGCUUCACCUGGCACUACAGAAACAACAGGCACCGGUACAACCUCGAUUAGCCCAAUAACACAGACACUUCCACCCAGCACAACUGUCUACACAACUGUUCCAACCACUGCCCGACCAACAACUACAGUUGUUAUCACUACUUCUCCCUUCACCACAACUACAACAGCAUGUGUCUGCAUUGUCAAUGGAACUUCACUAAAUCCUGGGGAACAGCUGUAUAAUGUCACUGAUGGCAGUGGGUGGUGUUUUUAUGCAUUUUGUAAUGCAUCUUGUAAAACUGAGGUACGUUCCAUGCCGUGUGCCACAACCACACUACCAACCACAACUCCCGGGUUGAGCACCCCUACAACGGCCCCACUUUCAACUUCAACUACUACUGCUCAAUCAACAACCCCAUCUACAACAACUUUGGACUGCACUGAUGUGUAUCCAAAAAGAAAGAAUGGAGAAACCUGGGAUGCUGGCAACUGCACCACAGCUGAAUGCAUUAAUGGUGUAGUGAAAACGAAUUCUACUCCCUGUUCCACUGUACAAGAACCCAUCUGUGCUAAUGGACGCAAACCUGUUAAAAUGGACAACAAAGAUGGUUGCUGCUUCCACUACGAAUGUGAAUGUGUGUGCAGUGUCUGGAGUGGAACCCACUACAAGACAUUUGAUGGAAAAAACUACGAUUUCAACAAGAACUGCACUUACUACCUGGUCAAAGAGAUGGUCAAUACAAAUAAUCUGACCAUAACAGUGAACAACCAUGUCUGUGAGCCUUCAGAGGAUACAUUCUGCCCACAGGAUCUCACUGUUAUGUACCAAUCCAACAAGGUCGUCUUCACGCAAAUAAAGACUUCAGAAUCUACAGUUAAUGCAGUGUAUUUGAAUGAUGAACGAAUCUAUCCCGCCUACCAAAACUCUGACCUGCUCAUCACCAGCACAGAUAUUGCGAUCACACUGGAGAUACCAGGGAUCAGCACAGAAGUGGUCUACAGGGGCUCCUCAAUCACCAUUGACCUUGCCUUUUCGCUCUUUGAGGGCAACACUGAGGGACAGUGUGGGACCUGUGACAACUCCCCGAACAACGACUGCCGUUCUCCCAACGGUCAGGUGGAAAGCUGCUCUGACUCUGCAGGCCAGUGGCUUGACCCAAAAAAACCAUGUAACCCCCUUACUACUAUUGAACCCCCUGUGACCUCAACAAGAGUACCACAGACAACAACACAGCCUCCUUGCAAUACUGCCAUCUGUGAUCUCCUAAAAUCGAGUGUAUUUGAACCAUGCCACUCAGUCAUACCGCCAGGAUCAUACUUGAAAACCUGUACUUCUGACAUUUGUAUCAAUGGAAAUAACACCUGCACCAGCCUGGAGGCCUAUGCCGCAGAGUGCUCUAAUGCAGGAGUCUGUAUCAACUGGAGGAAUGCCACCAACGGGCAGUGUGAGCACAAGUGUCAAGGCAACCAAGUGUACAGAGCUUGUGGCCCCAAAGUGGAGCAAACAUGUAAUGAAAGAUACAAUAAGAAGUUUGACGCUGGUAAGAACACAUCCAACAACAGCUCUCAGGAGGGUUGUUUCUGUACUGAUGGCACCACCUUAUUCAACACAGUCUAUGGCAAAUGUGUUGCCUACUGCGAUUGUGUUGGACCUGAUGGAAAUCCGAAACAGCCUGGUGACACAUGGACGGCCAACUGCAAAAACUGUAUGUGCAACAAGGAUUCCAUGAGCAUCAUUUGUGAGCCUGUUAAUUGCACAUCAGUUUCCACCCCCGACUGCACUGCACCUUACAAGCUAGUCAACAAGACCGAGGGCUGCUGCUACAAUCAGACAUGUGAAUGUGAUAAGAGCCUGUGUCCUGCUCCCAAGCAAUGCUUGCUGGGCUUCAAACGCGAAGUCACCCAGGGUGACUGCUGCGAAUCCUACAAGUGUGUUCCUAAAGGAGUAUGUGUCUACAACAUGACUGAGUACCAGCCUGGUGAGAAGGUUCCAACACCAGAACCAGAACCAGAACCACCAAUAGAAAAACCAGUCACAGAAAAAACAUCAGCAACAACAGCUACACCCAUAGGACCAGUAAAAACCUCUGGAACAACAGCGCAACAAUCUGGACCAGAAAAAACAUCAGCAACAACAGCAUCACCAACAGGACCAGUAGAAACCUCUGGAACAAUAGCGCAACCAUCUGGAUCAACAAAAACAACAGCAACAACAGCAUCACCAACAGGACCAGUAGAAACAUCUGGAACAACAGCGCCACAAUCUGGAGGAUCCACUCAGCAACCUAAACCAGAUGUGGUUAUCAAUCCAGGGCCAUGCCAUGAGUGUUACUGUGGUCCCAAUAUGAAUCCCAACACAAGUUUAAACAUCAUUACCUGUGAACCUAUUGUCUGCAAAAAGAACUGCUCCGAGGAUUCUGAAUAUCAGACCAAACCUGAGAAGUGCUGCGGGACCUGUGUUCAGACGAAGUGUACUUUACUCACAGCUAACAACACAAAGGUUUACAUUGAGAUCAACCAGACUUAUACGUCGCCUGACGACAAGUGUAUGCACUACACCUGUGAGAAAAUCAAUGGACAGCUUGUUACCAGCAAGAUUGUUGUAACUUGUCCUUACUUUAACCCCCUGGAUUGUGAACCUGGCACCGAGACAACUGACGCCAAUGGAUGUUGCAAAAGCUGCAAACCCAGGAGUGUCUGUGAGGUCCUGAGUAAUAAGGUAGUCAUCAAGGUGGGAAAAUGUGAGAGCCCACAGCCUGUCAACAUGACGUACUGCGCCGGGCACUGUGGAAGCAUGUCAAAGUAUUCUGCAGAAGCCAACAUGAUGAUGCACAAGUGUGAGUGUUGCCAAGAGUUCAAAACCAGUCAGAAACAGGUGGAACUGAACUGCGACAAUGGCUCUAAGCUCCAGCACACCUACAUGCUUGUUGAAGCGUGUCGGUGCCAACCAGCAGAGUGUGUGCCUGGGACGACUAACAAACCCCAGCGUCGCAGGAGGCGCUGAUCACUGACUGGAUCCUGCCGGACACUGGACAACUGACAAAUCUUAACCUUAAAUCUUCUCCAUCUUUUUGUCGCACUUAUUUGUAUUUAUAGCCUGAGAGGCUAAUUUGCUGUUCACUUUCUUCAUCUGAGGAUUUCUUGGAUGAGUUAUUAAAAUUAUAUUCCUGCAAUAUGA